AUGCGUGGUUCAGAUGGCGGUAUGGUUACGUACCUGGACGAGGCCAUCUCCAAGGCUGUGCAGUGUGAGAUUUCCUCAAAGCCUCAGGGUUCUCUCUCUCUUUGGGUCUGUCCUCGAGAGAGACAGACACAAGAGACAAGAGACAGACGGUCAGGUACUGGUACCGCACACCAACGGAACCAGGCCAACUCAGGGAUAGCCUCCCUCGAGGCUCAGGCCCAGGCGCCCUGCCGACGCUUGUCCAUGCCCCCCCCGUCGUCUCUUCUUGGCUCUAGUGCGACUCUGCCUUAUCCACCAUGACCUUGGAAGUUCCAUCGACCUCGUUUUCUGUCUACGUACGUGGUUGAAGAGCUGCUCCUCUCGAUUUGCACGUGUGAGUGAGAAGGAAGAUGGAGAUAGGACAAGAGAGCUGAAUGUUUGAAACAUCUGAUGAGUGAAGAGGAGGUAUCUACGGGGGGUUGAGGGCACACAUGGGGGGCGUUUCUUGGGGUUAGAGUUUGAUAGUGGACUCGUGCCUGGAAUUGGAAUUCGUUUUGGCAGCAGUGCCGUAACCGUGAGGACAAGACAGACAGGCAGUGGAGGCACAGACAGGACAGGAAGAGGCGAGGAGAGACAAGAAAAGUUGAGACCUUUAUCCCAAGAGACAAAAAGACUCGGGUAAAUGUAGUAUUGUGUAGUAGUUAUUCAGAUUAGUUGUUUUUGACAGUUCAGUUCAAGGGCAUAGGUUUUAUUUCUCCCUGCGGCGGC